AGAGAUAGAGAGAUAGAGAUAGAGAGAGAGAGCAGCAGUGGAAUGUUGUGUUGUGGUGCACGGCUGCAGAAGACCUGACACUCGGACCUUUUUGUCUCCUUUUCAUCGCCUCGUGUGGACUGACAGACCUUGGAGGACGGGGGGGAGGGCAGGAGGAAGGAGGGGGGUGGGGGUCUCUGACGUCAUCAGUCUGGCCAUCAGGCUAACGUACUGUGCUGCUUUUUGUCCUCCUCGGAGGAAGAGGACAGGAGAGAGAGAGAGAGAGUAAGCUCUCCUCUGCUUUCACGCCAACAUAUGAGCAACAUCAACAGAAGGAGAGAGAAAUAAACAAAGGCGCCUCCUCCUCCUCCUCCCUUCCAUUGCGGUCCCUCGGCCAGCGAGCGGCUCACAGGCUCCGCUCAUGUCCGUGAACUCUGAGAAAUCCUCGUCCCCGGAAAGGCCUGAGUCGCAGCAGAAAGCCUCGGUGAGCGUCACUCCUCCCCUGCCGCCCCCUCCGCCUCCCCCGGAGCCGGCGGGGCCCCCGGAGCCGGAGGAGGAGAUCCUGGGCUCUGACGAUGAGGAACAGGAGGACCCAGCAGACUACUGCAAAGGAGGAUAUCAUCCUGUCAAGAUCGGGGAUUUGUUCAACGGGAGAUACCAUGUGAUCAGGAAGUUGGGCUGGGGACAUUUCUCCACCGUAUGGCUGUGCUGGGACAUCACAGUGAAGAACUUUGUGGCCAUGAAGGUGGUGAAGAGCGCCCAACACUACACUGAGACCGCCUUGGACGAGAUCAAACUGUUGAGAUGUGUCAGAGAGAGUGACCCCGUUGACCCCAACAAGGACAUGGUGGUCCAGCUGAUCGAUGACUUCAAGAUCACCGGAGUCAACGGCAUUCACGUGUGCAUGGUGUUUGAGGUCCUGGGUCACCACCUGCUGAAGUGGAUCAUCAAGUCCAACUACCAAGGUCUUCCUCUGCCCUGCGUCAAGAGCAUCAUCAGACAGGUGCUGCAGGGGCUGGACUACCUGCACAGCAAAUGUAAAAUCAUCCACACGGACAUCAAGCCAGAGAACAUCCUGAUGUGCGUGGACGACACCUUCGUCAGGCGCAUGGCCAUGGAGGCUGCUGAGUGGCAGAAGGCAGGAGCCCCGCCCCCUUCUGGCUCGGCAGUUAGCACAGCCCCCCAGCUCAAAGCGGUGAGUACGACUGAUGUGGGAAAGAUCUCCAAGAACAAGAAGAAGAAGCUGAAGAAGAAGCAGAAGCGUCAGGCUGAACUUCUGGAGAAGAGGAUGCUGGAGAUCGAGGCCCUGGAGAGGGAAGCUGAGAAGGAGAAAGGAGAGGAGUGGGAGGCAGAGCGAGUCGGAGAAGAAGAAGAUGGCGCCCAGAAGAAGCAACCAGCACCACCAUCUUCUGCAACACCAGCACCAUUGGGCCCCAGCAUGGCCCUGGGAGAGAGCGAGGAGGAGGAGGAUGACGAUGAGGACUGGGAAGAUGUGGAGGAGGAAGGUGGAGAGAGGCCCAUCAGGUUAACCAAUCACACAUGUGCGGCGCACACGGAGGAGCCCAGCGAGGUGCCUGCAGAUGGCCGUGAAGAAGGAGAAGAUGAGAUCACGCCUGUGGCUGAAAGGAAGGCCUCCAUCCCUCUUGUCACCGUGCAAGCUCAUGGAGAUUCAACACUGGCAGAGGAAGAGAAAGAGCCAGAAAAGAAAGAGGAUACAACAGAGAAGGUAAAUGAGGAGCAAAAAGAGACUGAGCUUGAGGAGAAGGAGGCAGAUGAGGAGGAGGAGGAGGCAGAAGAGGAGGAGGAGGAGGCAGAUGAGGAGGAGAAGGAGGCAGAAGAGGAGAAGGAGGCAGAAGAGGAGGAGAAGGAGGCAGAAGAGGAGGAGAAGGAGGAGUCCAAUGAGGACGACGACACCACCACCGACCUCCUCACUUCCCCCAUCAAGUCCCUGACCAAUAAAAGCACUCUGCCCAAAACCAACGGCCACAUUCUCCUCAACUCUGAGGGUCUGGUAGACAACCCGGUCCCUUCGCCCACCACCGAGACCCUCCUCUGCCCCCUGGUGGAGUCUGAGCUCAGCUACACCGACAAGGACGUUUCGCUCAGCUCCGGCUACGAGAUGUACAACGGCGAGUCGGUGCUGACCAACGGCUCCGGCGAGCGCCAUCGGGUCGCAGCGCCGCUGCCUUUUCCCGAUUUACCCCUGGAUCCAGAGCCGGGGGACCCCGCCUGCGUGGGGGCGGGGCAAUCACCGGAAAGCCCCACGGCGGACCGCAGCCGCACCGUGUCAUCCUCCAGCACGGGGGACACACCCAAAGUCCGGGUCAGAGCUGCAGACCUGCUCAUCAACCCUCUGGACCCACGUAAUGCUGAAUCCAUUCGAGUGAAAAUAGCUGACCUCGGAAAUGCCUGCUGGGUGCACAAGCACUUCACAGAAGACAUCCAGACCAGACAGUACCGCUCCAUCGAAGUUCUGAUAGGAGCUGGCUACAGCACACCUGCAGACAUCUGGAGCACCGCCUGCAUGGCCUUUGAGUUGGCCACAGGAGAUUACUUGUUUGAGCCUCAUUCAGGGGAGGACUACUCCAGGGAUGAAGACCACAUCGCUCUGAUCAUGGAGCUCCUCGGGAAGGUCCCACGCAAAGUCUUCCUUGACGGGAAGUUCAGCCGAGAGUUUUUCUCCAAGAAAGGCGAGCUGCGUCACAUCACUAAGCUGAAGCCCUGGUCACUGUUCGACGUGCUGGUGGAAAAGUACGGCUGGUCGCACGAAGACGCCAGCCACUUCGCCCACUUCCUGCUGCCCAUGCUGGAGAUGGUGCCUGAGAAGAGGGCGUCGGCGGGCGAAUGCCUCAACCACCCGUGGCUCAACUCCUAGUCCUUAGGACCCCUCCGCCUCCACCUCCACCUCCACCUCCUCCUCUUCUUUGCUCCCUCAACAUUGUCCCCCCAGUGGCAGCCUGUGGUACUGUAGCCCUUCUAUGUUGUCAACACAAGCUUAUUACGACUUUGUGGUGGCCGCGUCUUCCGGAACAUCCCGAGAGCGGGUGAUGGAUGCUGCUCCUCAAGACUCCACCUGGAUUACUGCCCAGCUCCACCUGCCAUGGACUUCUUGCUCCCACGAUGCAUGAUCCCUCCAGGAGGGGGCGCCACACUGAAGGGACUUCACUGGAACUUGACAAGACUCUCGCAGGAAUUCUUCACUCUUAAAUGCGACUUCUUUCCCCACAACAAAAGUGGGCGGUCCUUGUCCUUCAGGAAUUUGACAAGUUUGUACAUAAGACUCAGAUCCGGCAACGCACACGAGCAUCAUUCCAAACUCUAAUUAGAGAAGAGGGUGACUCUACGCCUCCCCCUGGCGGCCGAACGUGAGUACUGCAAGGCUGCUGCUGCCAACACUAUCACGACUAGUCCGGUUGCCUAUUUUUUGCAAUUGCAAUAAAAAAAACAAGUAUAAGUAAAUGGUGAGAUAUUUUUUAAGAAAACUAUUUAAUUCAUUUAAAAAAAGAAAAUGUGGGGAAAAAAAUGGCUGUUGUGACAGAAUCUUCUGCGGAAAUUGUGUUUGUCUAUUAUGGUAUUUUCUUUCCUUGUUAUUAUAAUUAUUCUUGUUGGUUAAUAUUUAUCGUUACAAUUUUUUACUCCCUUCUUAGCUGAACAGUGCUGCUCUAAAAAAAAAAAAAAAAAAAGACAAAA